UGAAGUUAACAAAGCAUUACCUUUUCUUUAUAAAUUGAUCAAAAUAUUUUCCAUUUAUCACAUGCAAAAGAGAAAAAAUUAUGGCUCGAAUCCUAAGUUUCUUUUAUGCUUUGCUCAUCUUUGUUUCCCUAUUUCUGGUCACAACCAAUGGAAGCCUCCCAGAUGCUCCUCCAUGCCUAUUUACCCCUGAAUGUCCACCAGAUAUGUGUCCAACUGAUCUAACUCUGAAGUGCAUUAAUUUAUCUUGUCAAUGCACUAUUGAGUACGAUAUAGAUCCAGAUGUUGUUCCCAGUUGAUUUCAAUGAAAAGAUCAUAUGUAUUAUUAUAUUAUGCAACUAUGUUUGCCAUCAUGAACUCAUAUAAGAAAUGGAAAACAAUAAUAUCAUGGUGUAAUCAUAAUUACCUACUAUAAUAAAUAAAGACACUGUAUGACUA